AUGGAGAUGGUCCUGGACUGGCGCUCGCUGGGCUCCCUGCUGGCGACCGUGGUGGUGUUCCGCACCGCGCUGCGCGACUUCCUGCCGCCGGAGGCGCAGACGCUCCUGCGGCGCUUCAUCGCGUGGGUGUCCGCCGCGUUCCGCCCGCCUCACAACACCAUCCUCAUCGACGAGGCGGACGGGCCCACGGGCGGAGCCAUCAACGACCUCUACGACUCGGCGCAGCUCUACCUGGGCGCGCGCUGCCUCGCCACUGCGCCCACCGUGCGCCUCCACAAGCCGCGCCAGUCGCCGCGCCCCGUCGCGUCGCUCCCGGACUCGCACACCACCCACGACACCUUCCGCGGGGUCCGCGUCAAGUGGACCUCCACCGCGCGCACCGUCGACCGCGGAGGCGGCUCAUACGGUCACCCGUACAACAUGUUCGGCGGCCGCGGCGGCGGCCAUGGCGGCGACCAGCGCGGGCUCGAGCUCCAGUUCCCGCGCCAGCACCGGGACCUCAUCCACGACCACUACAUCCCGCACCUCAUCGACGAGGCCACCCGGAUGCGCCUCAAGUCGCGGGAGCGCCGGCUCUACACCAACCGCGCCACGGGGCCCGGCGACUUGGACCACCACCGCCUCUGGACGUCGCACGCCUUCUCGCACCCGUCCACGUUCGACACGCUCGCGCUCGACCCGGCGCUCCGCGAGGAGAUCUGCGCCGACCUGCUGCGCUUCGCCGCGCGCCGGGACCACUACGCGCGCGUCGGGCGCGCAUGGAAGCGUGGGUACUUGCUCCACGGCCCGCCCGGCACGGGCAAGACCAGCCUCGUCGCCGCCAUCGCCAACCUGCUCGACUUCGACGUCUACGACCUGGAGCUCACCACGGUGCCCACCAACUCCCACCUCCGCCGCCUGCUCGUCUCCACCACGCCCAAGUCCAUCGUCGUCGUCGAGGACAUCGACUGCUCCCUCGACCUCUCCGACCGCAACAAGAAGAAAAAGAAGGGCGGUGUUGGCGGCGGGAGCAACGUCGGCGGCGCCGACAACGUCGAAGACGCCGCGGCGCAGCUCGCCCUGAUGUCGGUGUCGCCGGCCGCCGCCGCGUCAAUGGCGAUUGAGCUCGGCUACUGCACGCCACCCGCGCUGCGCGUGCUCGCCAAGAACUACCUCGGCGUCGGCGACGAGGGCUGUGAGGACCCCGACACGGUGAACGCCCUCAUGGCCGAGGCCGAGAGCCUGCUCGCCGCCGCCGAGGUACAAAUCACGCCCGCCGACAUCGCCGAGGUGUUCAUGGGCUGCGACGGCGAUGGCGCCGCCUGCGCGCUGAGGAAACUCAUGGGCGAAUUACGGCGAAGGCGGGAUGCUGCCGCAGCCACGGCCGUAGCACCGGGCGAGGAGACGACGGAGUGA